AAAUUGAUCUUUAAUUGAUUAGGAUACCCAAAGAUCAACAGAUCAUUACAAUGUUUGCAGAGAACUAUACUCCCAUCAACUGCAGAUCAUCUCUAGAGGGAGUUUUCCAGUUCACUUACCAGUUCAGAUUUGCCUUUACGACUGAAUGUUCCCACCCGGAGCAGCAAAUCCAUUCUUGUCAAAAUGUCGGAUCCCAGUUCCUCAUCUCAAACCAGAAGUUUAAUGUCACCUUCAAGAAGUGUCCCAACAUGGAAUGGAGCAAGGAUGCCGUGGUGGAGUACAGCUGUCUUGGAGACUGGUUUGUGGGAAAGGAUCAUUUCUUUGCAGUCGCUAAUACUAAGGAAUCAAGGAAAGAUGAAAAGUAUAGAUGUUUUCUGAAGAAUAGAGAUGACGAUUAUUUUAUCGGAGUUUCUAUAACACCAGAGUGCAAUCAAAUCCGAACAGUCGAGGAGGCUCCUCAAAGAAUGCUGUUAACCCCUGUCAAACAAGUAACUGUUCAACCGGGCUGCUUUUUGCCUGAAAAUUUUACAGGAGAAUGGAUUAAUACUGCAAAUAUAGAUGCCGAGGUUACAAUUAAUUCAACUCAUAUUGUUGAAAUCUGGCACCCUGACGUGGGAAGGACUCGUAAGAAUAUCUACGUGUGUAAAGAGCAGAAGGAUAAUAGAUAUAUGAUGGCUAGACUUACAGUUGAAGGAUGCCAAGUAGAUUUCCAGUGCUUUGAGUUCUUACCCAGACACCACAACAUUAUCAGGUCAAGGAAGGGUCUUGUAAUGAUCUUGGAUGAUUUUCACACAGUCUGUUCCUGGCUUAAGUUCCCCAAUGUAGAGGCUUGGAAGUAUGAUAUCAUGAUAAAAAAAGACCCUAUUCCUAUCAGGUGUCCGGUAGCUGGAGCUUUUAUCUUUGAACAGGAAGGGGAUUUCAAGUUUGAGACACGAGUCAUCAAGGGAAUCACUAAGGAUCCCAGAGAUACUAUUUGGAGUAAAGGAGGUCAAUGGUCCUGUCGAAAGAAUAUUUCUCGGCUUGCCGUUUGCGACACAGAUCAAAAGGAAAUAACAAUCGACGAAACCUACUGUUGGUCAGUUGAUCAUUUGGGUCGGCCUGUCGAUAUUUAUUCCGAUGUCGACUACAGAAUGCAGUGUGUUGGGUACUGGAAGGAGAACCUGAAGUCCUAUUUGAUCACGUAUGAUCAGUUGGAUGCCUUCACCAAGUACAGAUGUUGGGUGUAUCAAAGGGGUGAUCUGAACAAGAUGUUUAUGAGUAUGUCCGUGGGACCAUUCUGUGACCUAGCCCAGGAUGUAGACAGCAAGGACUGGACCCAAGGAGCUGUAGUUUCUCUAGUAAUGGAUGAAAAUGAGAGAGAAUUUGAUCGAUGUCCUCUGUACUUUAACGAUGGAGCAGAUCCCUGGACUGUCGAUGAAAAUUAUAUUAGGGUUUUUGAUUUCGACAAUUUGGAAACUUCGUCCUCUGUUUUCUACACCCUGUCGUCUGCACUCGUCCUAUUUGUAGUAAUUCUGUCGUCCACAGUUCUUCAUUUCUAGAUGACGACUCAUCAUUAGAACAAAAACCUUCCUGUAAACUCGUCCUUUCAGUACUUCUUCCAUGUCCGACUAAAUUGUCCGAACUAUUUUCUACACAAAAGUUAACAAAUAAUGCUCAAUUUACUCUGAAAACAUCAUUGCAAAUUUUUUGCAUUUUGCAAUGAAAAAAUAUGUAUUAUGUAAAACUACAUGUCUGCAAAAUUAUCUAAACAACUCGGGCAUUCUAAAUUCUACAUUCAAUUAAUAUCAACUAAACUGGUCACACAAGUACACUGUAUUAUUGUGCCAGGGCCCAGGGUUGUCCCUGAUAGUGCCAGGGCCCAGGCUUGUCCCUGAUAGUGCCAGGGCCCAGGCUUGUCCCUGAUAGUGCCAGGGCCCAGGCUUGUCCUUGAUAAAAGGGCAAUAUUUUUAAAUUGUUAUUUUUCUACAAUUUUACAUUAAAGUCGUCAUUUAGAAAUCAAAAUUGUUUAAAGUUUU